AUGGCACCUUCCGAGUCCGCGCGUGCAACCCCUAGCUCCGUCUCGAGCAGAUCUGUCCCCAAAGAUCCAUCAGGCAACCCAAUUCCUCAUACCAAACGAUGGGUCUAUUUAACUACAGCCCUAUCAAACACCAGUAUCAGCUCACUGGGAGCGAAUACAGCUCUUGUGGCCGCCUUCAUCUCUUUCAACUCCUCUACCACAGGCCAGAGGCUCUACGAUUAUCUCGACCAUGUGUACGGCGUGUAUAAUAUGAACCUGUGGGGAACUUUCAUCAUCACAUCCGUAUUCUUUUGGCUGUGGGCUGCUGUCUUUGCGAUUCCUGACCUGACUGGAUGGCCACAGUGGCUAUUUAAAUACAAAACUCAACCUUUCGUCCGGGUCAAUGGAAAGGAAUACUUUCGCAUUGCGAUGAUCUCGUUGCGAAACCAAGUCCUCGUCGCAUUCCCUAUGAUACUUCUGGUUGCCCUCGCCGCCCCUCCAAUGCCGGUGGCUUCGAAAUAUCUACCGUCGCCAUUCCAAACGUUUGCUACUAUCGUAUUUGAUAUCUUCUGCACAGAGGUCGGCUUUUACUAUGUCCACCGCCCGUUUCACUCGAACCUACUGUAUUCCACCUUUCACAAAAAACAUCACGAAUUUACUGCCCCUGUCGGGUUGGCGUCGACCUACUGCACAGUUACGGAGCACGUGCUUUCUAACUUAUUGCCCAACUCCAUCGGAACACUGCUCGUUCCUCAUCACUGGUCUCAAGCGGUUUUUACCUUUUUGUUCCUUGAGUUUGGCACCAUUUGCUCGCACUCGGGAUACAAUAUUCCAUGGAUGCCGUCGAAUUUGCAACACGACUUUCAUCAUUUUGCUUUUGAUGAAAACUUUGGUCCUAUAGGCAUUUUAGACGCGUUCCAUGGAACACAUAGUAAGUUUACGAAGACAAUGAAAGAAGCCAGGCAAAGAACUGGAGGAGAUGACGAGGAGGCAAGAAAGAUUGUGCUUGAGAAUCUGGCCAGAAUGGGGAUUGGCUCUGCUGCUUGUAAUCGCAAACUGUGA